AUGUCUUCUGAGGUUUGGUACUGUAUUUUGGGAUCGACGUUUUUGGUAAUGCUACUGCUUAAAAUUGUAUACUUCUUCGAUAUAAAGUUCAAUCAGAGAGCUGAAGAAUUGGUUAGAACCAAUUGUAGGGAAGGCAAGGAAUGGUCUGCUAUUAUUAGCGAUACGUUAUCAAUUUUGAUUCAACAAGGAUCGAAUUAUGAACCAACCUGCAUCUCCGGAAAAAUAAUACUGUUCAGUUAUCUCUUCCUUGCAGUCCUGCUGUACAAUUACUACACGGCCGUGAUGGUUUCAGAUCUUUUAAGCCAUCCCCCGCCGCCGUUCCAAAACAUUCAGCAGGUCACCAAAACCGGUAUCCGUUUAUCCAACGAAAACAAUUCUCUCAUCAAAAGUUUCUUUAAUGAAUCGGGAGUUGAGGAAUACGACUUGGUCGAGGGAGUUCGGUUGAUUAAGGAAGGAACGAUCGCGUUUCACGCGCAAACUGACACUGUUUACAGUCUGAUUGAGGUGAAUCUGGAGUUGAAGGAGAUAUGCGACUUGAACGAGCUCAGCAUCGUAAAGCCCCAAGAGAUGUACGUUUUCUUAAAGAAGGGAAGCCAAUACAAAGAAAUAUUCACCAUCACUUAUAGGAAAAUGAUUGAAUUGGGAAUUUUUAAGCGCAUUUCGUCGAAAUGGUUAACGGGUAAACCUGUAUGUUUGGCGAAUCGCGAUAUUUUGGUCGUUGGGACUAAUAAAUCAGCUAUGUACAAGGUUUCUUGUACCGAGAACACGUUAAACACCAGCUAG